CACACACAUACACACAUGCAGAGCAAUCACGCACCUAUCCCUCCUCCGCUCCGUUUGUCCAUCAUUGAGCCUAUCAUGGAGUCUGGAAGUAAUUUACCUACUCCGGGUAAUUACCCUGGAGGUGACCGUCAGCAAUUUUGUGUCUCCUGGAACUCUCACCAGUCGAACAUGCACAGCGCAUUUCCAAAGCUGUUGAGUUCGGAGCAAUUUGUGGAUGUGACUCUGGCUUGUGACGGAGGCUCAAUAAAGUGUCACAAAGUUGUGUUGUCCGCCUGCAGCGAUUACUUAGAACGCCUUCUGCUAGAGAUACCAUGUACUCACCCCGUUAUCUUUUUGAGGGACAUGAAAAUGUGGGAACUCCAGGCUCUCGUUGAGUUUAUGUAUCGUGGAGAAGUAUAUGUGGAACAGCAACAGCUUGCUACACUGAUGCAAGCAGCAGAUGUCUUGCAGGUACGUGGCUUAUCCACUCAGGGACGUGAAAACUCGUUGAAUGACAGCAAUACACAGUCGUGUGAUUCUAAUCCACCUGUCACUCCGUCACCGCCUACCCACGAUGACAUCACCCAGUUCAAGACCGAGAACACUUCAUCCACCGAUGGAAGUAACCCUGACUUUCUCGCGUGUUCAACAAUGGCCGCGACCAGCACGGCAAACAGCUCCUCGUCCACCAUUACCCCUGUCUCGCACAAUCCUAACACGUCCAACUUCGUGAAUAUGGAGCACAGCGAAGCGCUGCAGCAUCUGGAGAAGGCCCUCAGCGCUUGCGAGGCAACCCUCACUGAAACUCAGGGUAUGGUGAAGAUGGAGCCGGACGAGCAGUUCGCCCAACAGCACGACAUCAAACCGUAUUCCAUUAGCGUGGUACCGACUAGUAAUUGCAACCCUAGCAGCCCAUUCCCUGCAAUCGAAGGUUAUCAAAGACGACAAAGGCGUUCGGAAGAAGAACUCAAGCAAGCAUCGGACAUGGUGGCACGCGGCAUGACGUUCCAAGUAGCCUCAGAAAAGUACAAGAUACCGAUUAGCACGAUUCGGUUCUACAUGGUCCGAAAGGGCAUUCUACAAAGGCGAAAGCGUGGCCGCGGUUCUAGCAGUCUCGGCAUGAAUAGUCAACCGGACAGCCCAGCCAGUCCACCGUAUCAUAUGAUGAACUACCGUCUACCGGAGAGCUUAAAUUCCAGCCUACCGUAGUGCUGUACAAAGAAGUAGUGAGUUUUCUAGGCUUCAGUUGAUUUCAUCAAAUUUUUUUAUCGUCGAACAAUAGAGCUGUUCCAGACCGUGUCUCGUCGACUUUAACGUCGUUUUUUUUAGCUUUCUUUCGCAGUGUCUAAAUGAGCUCUCAUAUUUUAUAUUAUUAUUAUUUUAUAUUUUUCUUUCCAGUUCACGUGCUUCAUUAUUCACUCGCGGCGUCGCGACACGUUCGUGCGCUGGUUUACAAGACUACUACGUUUUACACCGCAUACAUAACUCGUGUCCCCGCAUUUAAUAUCAUCGUCACUCGUGUGCAGUUUAUGUAACGAUAGAGAUAUGAUUUGUGUCUCGAACAGCUCCACUCCGUGUACAUAAAAAAAGAAGGAAGCAAAUGCAAAACCAUAUGCAAAAGUUCGGACACAGCAUUAAAAUAAGAGCCGCGCAAGCGUGCACCGAGUAUAUAACCGUAUUAUGUCUCAUUUACAUUAAUUUCAUUAUCCUUAAGAAGACUGCCGAAAAUUCAGUUUUUUUUUUCUCUUUCGUUUUAAGUACAAAGAUACGCGUGGAGUGUAUUGAGCUCUCGCUAUCACCACACGGAUACACAUCCACACCCACGCACGAAAUUAUUUUAUUAAAAAUUAGUUCUUAAUAUAAAGUUCUGAAGUUUGCUGAAAGGGUUUGAGACGGACUUUCCGGUCAAUACAGUACAUUUUUGAAAUAGUGCUACGUUACUAUGAUAGUCUCAUUGUACUAACGUAAUAUUAUUUCUGUUGUAAUAGGAAUACGUAAUAAGAAUUGGUUCUUAAUACAAAGUUUCUUAUGCGUUUGAAUAAUGCUAAAAAAAUUCGGUUCGGAUGUUCCGGCAACGCAAAACUUUGUAUUAAGAAUACAAGGUUCUGCACUUGAAUUUUGCUAAGAGAAAUCGGGCUUUCCGGUGAAUAUUAUACUUUUGAUAUACUGAGCAUAUCAUACACUUCGUUUUCCAAUCAUGUGUUUUCCACUCACGCAUGUAUGCCAUGUCAAUAGUUGAAUCAAGUUGCAGGAUAAUCAGUCAGUGACGAUAUGAUGAAGCAUCAAUAAUGACAAUUUUAUAUGAGAGUUACGUUAUAUCGCUAUAAGGGAAGAACUAUGGUAAAGAUCAAAAAUCUUCGACGGAGAUUUUAGGAAAUUACAUUUUCGUUGUUAAUAUUUUACGAGAUUUUUUACGUGCAGGAUCGAUGUAGAGGCGCAUUUAAUGAAAUGUCUGAGAUAACGACACUUUUAUGCUGUGGACGAACGCGUAUGGUUGAUUCUCUCAGCCGUAUUUCGUUCUUCUACUUAGUGACCGAUGUAGCUAGCUUGCAUACACACAGUGUGAGAUAUGUUUUGAAUCCUUACAUAUUCAUUAAUAUCGCGUACAAUACAGAUCUAUAAAGUACAGUUCAAAAAGGAAAAGAAAAAAGAAAAAAAAUAGCGAGGGGGAAAAAAGAGAAAAAGACGAUGGACUAUGUCGUAUAAUCGAUAUUUUUUUAAUGAUCGGAAAAAUGUUUUGACGGCAAGACAUUCACGAUAGCAUAAGUUAUUUUUUAUUACAUGGUAUUUAUAUAUAUAUAUGAUUCAGUGAAGCGUAUCUUACUCUCUGGUUAAGUUGUUUGUGGCAUCUGUAUUAACGUCGUUAAUACGUGUAUAUUUACCGAGUAUUUAUCUUUCUGUAUUUUAGAUAAGCCGAUGGGAUAAAAGUUAUGACUAUGACACUUUAUAUCCUGCACCAGAGUGACGCUUAAAGAUCAAAAAAUGUAUACAAUUCUAGAAAGACAGUGGAACUUGUCCAUAAAAUGUGUAGUAGUCACUAUGUUUAAGACUGGUAACGCGCUAACUGGUAACCAGAGAUUUACGCAGAGUCUUAAACACAGCAAUCCUCAAUCUAUUAUACAGAUAUUUUUGUAGACACUUUGUCGAGGGAAGUGUUGAUUCUUUCUCUGCCUUUAUUCUAUAUACCUUGAUAACUUAUAUACAGUAAGAAGCAAAAAACCGGUAUUUAUUCCAAGUUUACCAUUUAGCUUUGUUGAACAUCACAAGAGACGAACGAUCAUGACGUACGUGUAGUGUAAUGCUUUUUACAUGCUAGUGUACAAAAUAACAGCAUUUGUAAUCGAUGAUAAGAAUAAUUAUCCCAGCGUCCGUAAAAGUCGGCUUCACCGUCGGUUACUUUUACGGGCGCUGGUUCUGCCUUUUCAAAGAAGUUUAAUUAUAUGACAACAACUGUGGCGCGCAUACAGUGUAAUUGUACGGUGUAUUGCCUUUGUUAAAUAGCAUUUGGAUAAAGCCAUAUUUUUCCAUGCAAUGCAAUAAUCCAGCAGAAUACAUUACAGUAACUGAUGAAAAGCAGCCUAAAAAUAGGAAAGAGUGCCAGAUACAAAGAAAACAAAAAUGGACAUGAACAAUAACACAUAGAAGAUAAAGUAAAAUUUAUCUAUCACUUAGAGCGUAACUGCCUUUCUCUGGCCUCAUACCGGAUCUUAUAAUUUAUUUAUAUUAGACAAUAUAUAUACAAAAUACAUGUGUAAAGGGAAAGAAACUAAUUAACGUAGAAGGCUUGUUAGAGCUUCUAUCGAUUGCAGUAAGAUUGCUGCCAUCCGACUGAUGAACGUUCUCAAGAUUCAAGAUUGAACAUUUAAUCGAGACAUAUGUCAUAAAUAAUCUGUAUUUAUUCUCAUUUAUCAUGUUCUUUGUCACGUACAUAACGUAUUUUUAACGCGAGUUUAUUAUCGUUUCUUCUUGUGCUUCACGAUACCUAGAGAAGAAAAAGGAAGAUGAAAAAAAAGGAAGGGAAAAAAUUAGUCGCAUAUUGGAUAUUGUGAUGUUAACGCGAAAGCUAAAAAAACAUGACUUACAAUUGUUGCCUGUUGCAAUGUCCAAGCAGUUGAACUGUAAUGAAUUACUCGUAUAUAGCAUUCUUUCCAGAAGGAAUCAGUAUCGUGUAAAUCAUUGUUCUAAGAGUUCCAGUUGACAAAGGUUUUAUACGGAUCUAUUAAACCAGUAUUUCAAACCAAUGAAAAAUAAUUAGUUUUCUAAUAAUAAUAGUAAUAAUAAUGAUACAAUACAUUUUAUGUGAAUUUAGUACAGUGCUUAAGUCAGUAAUGCUCAGCGUAUCUAACAAAUAUUUUUAGUGGAAAUCCGUGUCAUACUCACAUGUAUCAUAAUGUCUUAAAGUAUGUAACUAAACCACAAUCAAAGAAGUGUGAACGAUACUUAAUGACUAUUAUCAUAAUAGCCACUAUUAUAGCAGUAAAUAGGUAGCCAUUUUGAGGCAGUUUAUAUUAUAUUUAAUUACGAUAUAUAUCUCUCUCCCUUUGGUCUCUCCCCGUUUUUACGUAUUACGAUGGUAUUAUUAUUUGUAGAUAGAAUCAUAACUCUAGAAUCGAUUGAACCUCCGAUCAUUUAUUUUUAAGUCAUUUUUUUACAGUUACCGAAUAUCUAUUGGAUUGAAUAGGCAAUGCAAUUCAAACAAUCAUUUACAGACAGAGAUCUGUUUCGUUGUUUCAAUCCGUCAAUCAAUGCGUAAUCGGUGUAUCAUUUUGGUCUCCCUUUUUGCUAUCUUUUUUUUUUUGAUUCUGUAUAUACAAUUCCAUCGAAUUUCGAGAUAAAUUUACAUUUGUAUAAGUAAUAUUUUUAUGCUCCAUUUUAGCUUAAGUUUUUAUUAUUAGCGCUCGAUUAGAUACAGAUGCGUAAUGAUGUAAGCUUUCCGAGGUAAUAUCAUCUCGCGCGCGCGCGCGAUCUUUGUUAAUUUUCUAUGAAUUGUGAACGUUUAUUCUGCGAAACGGCCCUAAAAGAUAUUCUCCAUUGUGUUUGUUAACUCGGCGAAUCAUCAAUAUUGCAUUACGUCGGAAAGCAUACUCGAGGAAUAGACAGUUAUGUCUCCGAUAUGUUAAUCUUUCUCCUCUGAGGGUAAAUCGAUAACACCUAGUUGCUUGCCUAUUUACGAUAAAAAUUUACGUGCUUUGGUGUUUCGUAUCAAUGAGUUGUAGCGACGACGGACAAUUGACUUGUAAGAGUUCAAUUUUCUAACUGUAGAUCCUGUAAGAGAUUCUGUAAGAGAGUAAUCUAGUAUGAUUAUAAUAGGACCUUUAUACCAUGUAUAUCUGAAGAGUAUUGCGCUAUUACACUGAAUCGCCGCCCGAUACUUUGAUCGUUUUUUCUUCGAAGACUCGUUCAGUUUCCUUCGCGGUGUGCCGGAAGCGGUUCAGUAUUAUGAUACAUUUCGCGUGCGUGCGAAUGCCCCUUCGACUGCAUCCAUUCAACUGUUAGAUCCUUAAGCGUUUUUCUAGUAUAGUCACACUUAUUAUUACUACACGAAUGUCUCUGCGUUACUCCGGAGAGUCCCGUAUUCAGGACGCUCUUUACGCGUGUGCUCUAACAUUUCCGUUUCCAGAUAUUGUGCGCUUUCGUGUUACUACGAGGUCGUUCGCAAAAAACUAUAUCGCGAGAUAUAUAUAUAUAUAUAUAUUUUUUAACUGAGUUCCUCUCGACAAUCUGUAAUGAGUUGAUACCAGUUAUGCAACAUUGAAUGCAGCCACAUUUAAUUUUGCGUAUUACGCCGACAUAUUGCAAUCGGUUUCUUCGACACAUUUGUUUUUGUCGAUGAUCUGUUUUAGUUCUUGUAUGAAAGCACGGUGUUUUACGUAACGAAUGCGAAUGCAUUUGAUUUUGUAGUGUGGCCUUACACGUGUGUGUAUGUGUAUGUGUAUGUGUAUGUGUGUGCGUGUGCGUGUGCGUGUAUGUACGCUGUGCUAGCGUGACGAUAAAGCGACGAUGAUGCAUUUGCGAUUUGUUAAAGCACUGCGAUGUGUGUCGCGAGGGCGUUUUGAAUACGGGCGCGAAUCGUGCGGAUUCAGUGUAAUACGGCGAAGGACAUGUACGUGAAAAACACGCAUACGCGCGCACAUAUGACACACGAUCCAUGUUACUUCCUCGUAAACAUGCACACAACACACACACACACACACACACACACACACACACACACACACACACACACACACACAUCCAAGAGAUACACGCCAGAUGAGGGAUCGAGCGAAUCGAUCUCUCAUCGCGACUGUAAUAAUACAAUUCGCAGAAUAUACCGUGCCGUUCGGUUUGCUGAUUGCGACAAACCAGCUUUUAUAAUUCAUGUAAGAUCACCGUCGAGGUGUAAGAUCUUAAUUGAUUACGGGUGUCCUUAUAUGAUAAGGCACGAUAGGGAGUGGAAUAUAAGCGGAAUAGCAAGCGAGAAAAAAAGGAUAAGUAGGGAGAGAAAAAGAAAAAAAAAAGUACUAUAGCGACAAUGUGUUAAGCGCAUAAUCUGAGGAUAUGAGAAUAUUGCAUAGAUAGGUCGGGGUCGCGUCGAAGACGAAGAUCUUCCGCGCAACCGAGAAGAGACGUUAAGUGUGUAUUUGAAGUAUUUUUGAAAGUAAUCUUGACUUCCGAAAGAGCGCAAGAGAUAAGAAAGAAAGAAAAUAAAAAAAAUAGCGAGAGCGAGAAUCUGCAUUUGUUCCCGGUGAUUCGCGACGUGUUCACGUCGGGAUUAGAGAACAGAAAUAAUAACGUUUAUUAUUUUUUUAAUUUUUAAUGAUUAACACCGAUAUAUGUAAUUCGUAUUUUGCGGAUCUUUAUUCAGGAAAAUAUUUAGAAUUAAUUAUAAAUUGUAAUUACGUCCUAGAUUGUGUAAUUGCAUAGAGAGUGAAUCGUAUACCCUUCAAAACAGCGGAUCACGCGCGGCAUUUGUACCGCCCUUGUUCCCUUCAACAAUCUUUUGAUUUUGCCCUGUAAGCCGUUACAACACGAGAAUGUCAUUGUGACUUUUUUUCUUUUUCUUUUUUUUGGAAAAGUUGCGAGGGACUGCAUUUGAAACUCGGCAUUUGUCGGCAUUGUGACACUCAUCAUAGUAUUGUUUGAUUUACAAGUAAACCGUGCAUUUUAAGGUGCGAAAAAAAAACAGUGCUUAUAAUUUUAAGGUCGUGUAACAUGUGUUAGUGGAAGCAUGCUUCUAAGUAGAGAGAUAGGACAAUGCUAUAACAAUAAUUAUUAUAAUUAAAGUUAUGGAUAUAAGGCAUUUAAUAAGUGCAAAGUAUUUCCUAAUAAAAGUAAUGCUGAAAAAGA